AUUUACAGUUGGAUAGGGAAUAAAACAAGACUCCAAUAACACUAUAGGUACAGCAACUGGAAGUCAUUGUCAACAAUGGAUAAUUUCUCCUUCCGAUACAAACACGUAGCCAUGUUCCAUUAACCAAUAUCAAAAAUUUACUGGGGAAUCCAGACCUGUGUAAACUUGAACUUAAAACCUCAGCAGCAUGCAGUGUCGAAAUUUUGAUUCCUUUAUAAUAAUGAUGGGCAAUACAUGUAAAUAUUGUAGUGCUUAAUACUUCAGUUACUGGUCGUACUUAUCAAUCCUUGCACAAAUUUCGACCAGAAUAUAACAUGUUUUUAUGACAUCUACUACCAGUUUAAUUCCGAAAUUAAAAAGGUGUGAAAAAAACUUAUCUUUGCAUAAUGGCAUCAGUGUUUGACUCUUUGAGUACUUCCAGCGCUUCCACGUCCACGUCGUUGAUGACUGACGAAGUUCUGAUGAGCAGGGACGAUGUCAGCCUUCCUACCGAUCAGAGCUUCGUCCGAAGCUUGCUGGAAUGUCCGGUAUGUUGUGAAUAUAUGACGGGAAGAGUUAGGUUAUGUGUGAUGGGCCAUUCAAUCUGCGAUCCAUGCUUCGCCAACCUCGUCCACUCCAAACGACCAUGCCCCCUAUGUCGAAAACCUCUUAAUAGCACAAGUGCCAGAAAUUUCUUUCUUGAAAAUUUGGCCGCAUUGUGUCGAUUUAAAUGUAAAUUUGCUGAGCGGGGAUGUGAACAAGACGUGGAAGGCUUUAUGUUGGAUAUUCACAUGAAACAAUGUCAAUUCAGGGACUUUAAAUGUGACAUGUUUGGAAUUCAAGAAAUUUGUUCCGAGGAAAAACUGCGUUAUAAGGAUUUUGUCGACCAUUUGAAAGAUGACCAUGAAAUACCAGUUGUAGAAAAUGGAUCUUGGAUCGAGAAGACUUUUCGUCUUGAAGAUGAGAUGAUUUCGCCUUCCUUGGUUCUCAUAAAAUUUGACGAGGACUUAUUUUUCUUCCACACUUGUCCACUCGGAAAUCGUUACAUGUACAUUCAAAAUUCAUAUGAGCACAUGUACACCCGAUGGAUCCUCCAGUUGGAUGAGACGAAUAACAUUAAUGUGGGGAAGUUCCAGUUUGAGAUUUUUACUGAAUAUACUCCUGACGAAGAAGCUUUUCCAGGUCCAGGGUUUGGGGAAAGCAGUUCAAUAAUGAGAGGCAUUUUGACCAAUGCUUUCGCGUUGAGCGACGAGGGUCAGGAUCUUGAUCUUCGGAUUUCCCGAGGCAACCCCCUUCAACUUUCCAGUUUUCCCAGGAACGACCACCGAUUUACAAAGCAAGACGAAAACAGUUUGUUCGGGUUAUCAUUGAGACAUGGGGCCAAAAAAAUAAGGUGGAAAGAAAAAGUUGUAAUCAGCAAGACUCCGCAAUAAGUAUUUUUUAAAGAUUUUUGACGUAAGGAGACGAUUUUCAUGAGUAUAUUUUAUAAGAAUGGAUUUAUAUUAUGACGGUUGGUAACAAAAGUCUUUGUUCAUGUUCCAAAGCGCGUUCUUUUGUAAGUUGGUACAUGUUUUAAAGUGCAGAUGUCGGCAUGUGGUUCAUAAAAACCAAGGAACUUGUAACUCUUUAGAUACAUGACUUAAUAUUUAUUUGAAAUUUUUAUAUUGAAUUCGGUUUAGUGCUCGGUGUCUGUUAAAAUGAUUUUAAAUAUGUUAUACAUAUUUAUGUAUCAAUGUACAUGAACUAAUUAGAAUUUAUUUCAUCAUACCAUAUAAUUGCGUACUGCAAAUGUAAAAUAAUAUGCUGAAAUAAUUUGAUCUAUGUAUGUACAUACAUUCAUAAGGUUAUUUAACAGGUUAUUGGACUGAUACAAUAAAAUAACCGUUUCAUGUUACAUAAAA